AUGCAGUACGUCAGAAACCUGAGCGACUCGGUCUCGACGGCAUGGAACUCCAUCAACCCCGCCACCCUGAGCGGCGCCAUCGAUGUCAUCGUCGUCGAGCAGGAGGACGGCUCUCUCGCCUGCUCGCCCUUCCACGUCCGAUUCGGCAAAUUCUCCCUGCUGAGGCCUUCGGACAAGAAAGUCGAGUUCAAGGUCAACGGCGUCAAGCAGGACUACUCGAUGAAGCUAGGCGAGGGCGGAGAGGCCUUCUUCGUCUUCGAGACGACCGGAAACAUCCCCAGGGACCUCCAGACCUCGCCCCUCGUCUCGCCAGCCAACAGCCCCCCUCUCAGCCCGCAGUCCACCACAGAGUCCAGCUCGGACCUCAGAGAGCCUGAUCUCCUCGACCUCGACGCUGCCACGCCCAAACCUGCAAUCAGGCCAUCGCCUACGGUUCUCCAGUCCUCCGCUGGUCUCGGACUCAUCACGCCCGCCUCCUCACUCCCCGGCACCUCAAACGGCCGCCCCGCCUCCGGCGACUGGUCCGGCUCGGCAGCGGCCACCAUGCCCCGCCCCCAGAGCGACGACGCCCUGCGCUAUUCCGCCCGGUCCCUCGGACGCGACGAAGGCAACACGAUAGAGGACGGGCUGGAUGCGUCGGAGCGGUCCCAGAGCCCACCUCCCCUGCCGCCCAGGGAGGCCAUCGAGCGUGCCACCAUGCUCUCCAAGGAGCUCUCGACGGCCAACAUCCCUACAAAGAUCACCGACACGGGCGACCUCAUGCUGGACAUGACGGGCUUCAAGAGCAGCGAACAGGACAUGCUACGCGCCGAGGUCUUUGCGCGCAAGGUAUUGGCCGAGGAGCUGGAGGGCAACUACGACAUCGGGUCGCUGUUCGGCUUCGACGCCGAGGGCAACCUGUGGAUCUACAGCAGCGAGGAGGCGCGCAAGGCCGCCAUGAACAAGACCAUGGAGUGCUCCUUGCAAGGUCACGGGGUGGCCGACGACGCCGCCUCGGACCCGGGAUACCAGAGCGACGGAGGGACCGAGGCACCCCGCCAGGCUGCGCCGUCGUCGUCGGCGGCCGCCAUGCCGUCUCCUUCCCACCGCCGCUCCGAGUCCGACGCGGGCCCUGUCGACAUGCAGACCCCUCCCCGGACCCCCCGCCACACCGGCGACCCGAACCGCAACUACGCCAAGACCCUCCGGCUGACUAGCGAUCAGCUCAAGGAGCUCGGGCUGAAACCCGGUCCCAACUCGAUGAGCUUCACCGUCAACAGGGCCACCUGCUCGGCCAACAUGUACCUGUGGAAGCACGAGACGCCCGUCGUCAUCUCCGACAUUGACGGCACCAUCACCAAGUCGGACGCCCUCGGCCACGUCCUCAACAUGAUCGGCCGCGACUGGACGCACGGCGGCGUUGCCAAGCUGUACAGCGAUAUCGAGGCCAACGGCUACAACAUCAUGUACCUGACCAGUCGGUCCGUCGGCCAGGCCGACACCACCAGGGCCUACCUCAACAACAUCGUCCAGGAUGGCUACCGCAUGCCCCUGGGCCCCACCAUCCUGUCCCCCGACAGGACCAUGGCCGCGCUCCGGCGCGAAAUCUACCUUCGACAACCACAGGUCUUCAAGAUGGCCACGCUCCGUGACAUCCGCAACCUGUACGGGAACAAGGGCGGCGGCGGCGGCGGCGGCGGCGGCGCAGAAAACGAGGUUACCACCCCCUUCUACGCCGGCUUCGGCAACCGUCUGACGGACCAGAUAUCGUACCGUACCGUCGACGUGCCCCGCAACCGCAUCUUCACCAUAAAUUCCAACUCGGAAGUCUCCCUCGACCUGCUGACCCUCAACAAGCUCAAGAUGACGUACGUCAACAUCAACGAAGUGGUGGACCACUACUUCCCCCCCGUCGGCACUCUCGUGAUAGGUGGCGGCGAGGAGUUCACCGACUUCAAGUACUGGCGUGACGAUCCCCUCGCACUCGACGACUUCUCCGCCAGCGAGAGCGAUGGCGACGACGAUGACGACGACGACCAGCCCGACGGAGGAGAUGAUGACCAAGAGGAAGAGGACGACGAAGCAAGCGUAUAUGCUGAUGAUGAUGACCGUGAAGACGAGGAAGUAGGAGAGAUCAUGGAAGAUUCCUACAUUUCUCGCGAUUCGUAUGACGAAGAAGAUGCUGAAGAUGAAGGUGAAGAAGGUUUUGAAGAAGAAGAAGAGGAAGAAGAAGAAGAAGAAGAGGGGGAGGGGGGAGAAGAAGAAGGAGGCCUCCCGACAGAAGUACCCAUCCACAAGGACGACAAGAUCCUCACUGACGAAGAAGACGAUGGCGAUGACCGUCCCGUGUCGGAAGACGUACACGCCGAAAUCAUCACCGGGGUUGGUAAUCUAUCCAUGUAG